CCUUUGAUUCAGAUCUCUUCACCAACCACCUAAAACGAAACUUUGCGCGAAAAAACAUCACUCUCCCUUUUCAUUUCAUCUCUCUCUCUCUCUCUCUCUCUCUCUCUCUCUCUCUACCAUGGCAGCAUCAAUGACAACUUCACCACAAACCCAUCUCCUCCCCCAAACCAACAACCCUUUCCUCAACAAACCCAUCACCCCACUCACCUCAACCAUCUCCCUCCGCACCAACCCCACUUUCAAACCCAUUUCAAUCAAAUGCUCCGCCACCACCCACCAAGCCCAAGCCCAGCCCCAAACCCAAACCCAUUCCUCAGAUCGCGUCUUCAACUUCGCCGCUGGACCCGCCACCCUCCCUGAAAACGUCCUCCUCAAAGCCCAAUCAGAGCUCUACAACUGGCGUGGAUCCGGCAUGAGCGUCAUGGAGAUGAGUCACAGAGGUAAAGAAUUUCUCUCCAUUAUCCAAAAAGCUGAGUCAGAUCUGCGUACCCUUUUGAAUAUCUCCUCGGAAUAUUCCGUUCUUUUUCUUCAAGGCGGCGCCACCACCCAGUUCGCGGCGGUGCCGUUGAAUAUCUGCAAACCCGACGACGCCGUUGAUUACGUCGUUACGGGUUCGUGGAGUGAUAAAGCUGUGAAAGAAGGUCAGAAGUAUUGUAAACCAAGUGUGAUUUGGUCUGGGAAAUCUGAAAAGUAUACAAAGAUUCCAUCUUUUGAUGAAUUGAAACAGAACCCAGAAGCUAGGUUUUUGCAUAUUUGUGCUAAUGAAACAAUUCAUGGUGUUGAGUAUAAGAAUUAUCCAACACCCAGUAAUCAAAAUGGGAUUUUGGUGGCUGAUAUGUCUUCAAAUUUCUGUUCCAAACCUGUUGAUGUUUCGAAAUUUGGUUUGAUCUAUGCUGGUGCUCAGAAGAAUGUGGGUCCAUCUGGUGUAACAAUUGUGAUUGUGAGAAAUGAUUUGAUUGGAAAUGCUCAAGAUUUGACACCUGUGAUGCUUGAUUACAAGAUUCAUGCUGAGAACAAUUCACUUUACAAUACACCACCUUGUUAUGGGAUUUACAUGUGUGGUUUGGUUUUUGAGGAUUUGUUGGAACAAGGUGGUUUGGUUGAAGUUGAGAAGAAGAAUAAGAAGAAAGCUGAGAUUUUGUACAAUGCUAUUGAUGAGAGUAAUGGGUUUUUUAAGUGUCCUGUUGAGAAAUCUGUUAGGUCUUUGAUGAAUGUUCCUUUCACUUUGGAGAAAUCAGAGUUGGAAGGUGAGUUUAUUAAGGAAGCUGCUAAGGAGAAUAUGGUUCAGCUUAAGGGACAUAGGUCUGUUGGUGGUAUGAGAGCUUCAAUUUACAAUGCUAUGCCUUUGGCUGGUGUUGAGAAGUUGGUGGCUUUCAUGAAGAAUUUUCAAGCAAAGCAUGCUUAGAUUGUGUUUAGUAUAUGCACUUGUCUCUAGCAGUUUUGGCUUAUUGUGUUUGUUCUGUUGUUUCAAUUUCUGUUUUGUUGUUAGUUAGUACUUAUUUACAAUUUGGGAUGAUUUUGAUUCUGGUCAAAAGGGAUGGCUAAGGGUUUAGGAAGGUUUUGGAAUUUAUUAAUAAUUUGGAAGUUUGUUGUAUGGUGAGUCCCAUGUGAUAUUAGUGAAUGUAAGAUGAAAUGUAGUUUCAAACCUCAAUAAAGUCAAUGAAGAUGAAACAUUGAACAAUGAA